CCACCACUGAUACUGUGCUCAGUCCAGUGAUUGGAGGAUCACAUACGGGAGCCUUGCGCAACCAACAACUAUUUCGUACUAGCAAGCCUCUUUCACGUGUAGGAUCACUACAGCUCACAACAAGUACGAGUAUGGUCAAUGCGCAUAGAACAAACACUGUACUAUCUUUCUACGACUCUGAUUAUAUGCUUGCCUCUGUUUCCACUGGCUUAAAGUCUUUUACAUCUUGCUUCACGCUUCUGUUCCUAUGAAUACCUCCUCAACCGUACGUAUGACAACCAGGAUGAGUCUCAUAUACCUCCCAAUCUUCGCGGCAGCUGCCAUGCAGGUCCUAGGGGUGGUUGUUCCUCAACAACCACCUAUCUUCUCAGGCCCAUGCGCCGUCCUACCCCCGUCUAACAAGACUGAAACUCCAAGCUAUGAUGGGGUAAAAUCAGGCGCCUCAUCUAUCUGGGGUCACGAGGGCAGCGGCGGACCGAAGAAAUGGACAGACCUCUACGUCAAGGGUCUCACCGUCAUACCAUAUUGCUUUCCUACUGAAGAACAUCGCAAAGCCAACAUCGCGAAAGUGGAAGCAGCCACCGAACUUUGGAUCACAGCGCUUGGUGGUAAGGCUUCGGAGGCUAGUGGUCAUAAGAUCAUGUUCUCUGAAUGGAUUGAUCCUCGGAAGAAACCCAUGUACUGCAUCGACGUGAACAGUCCAGUUGAUAGUAAGUGGAACAUGGCUGUUCCAUACAAAACAGUCGCUAUCUGGAAGGAUGAUCGUGCGGGAAAACGCGCCGCAUCAUCUACUGUGGGAAUGGGUGAUUCUCCUGGAAAGCCAUGGGAUUUGGACAUGUGGCUUGGUGAAGAGGCUAGCGUUCAGACCAUUGCACAUGAAUUCGGCCAUGUCAUGGGAAUGAUGCACGAGCAACAACGAUCCGACCGCGACACAUAUGUACGCUACGACUGCAUGAAGCUCACAGAUUACUCCACCGCUCUCGCACGUGCUCGCGAAUCCGACCCUAGUGUGACGACUGCAGAGCUUUGUAAUGACGUCAACAUAGCUGCCAAAUAUGAAUUUAGCGGUCGCUCCUUCACCAAAUCCGUUCUCUAUGGGAAAUCCAACGACGGAUGGAUGCUGAAUCUCGAUACGCCGUACGAUGUCAACAGGCAUUAUGCACUAUAAUAGCUACAUCAUGGGUAAUGAUAAGUGUCAGAGAGGCAAUCAAGCUGAGUGCCCAGUAGCGGU